GCAUAUCCUCUCGCUAGCGAGUGAGCGAGCUGCUUAGUAGACUUGGAAUGAUUUGAAGAUUUGAUGCGAUGAGCAGUUGCUGCUGAUUGUUGUCAGCAAGAAGAUGGCCCGUUCCACCACGAUUAAAGAAGCACUGAAGCGUUGGCAUGAAGAACACGAUGGGCAGGAUCCGGUCGAAGCAGCUGACAUACAGUUACAGUUCCGCUGGCCACCGAUAGAGAAGAUGGAUGGUACCCUCGGGACGUUGGCGAACUGUCAAAAGUUAAGCCUGUCGUCAAAUAUGAUAGAAAAAAUUACCGGCUUGAACGGGAUGAAAAACUUGCGAAUACUUGCACUUGGUCGUAACUACAUCAAAUCGCUCAGUGGUAUCGAAGUGGUAGGCGAAACGCUAGAAGAACUUUGGAUAAGCUACAACCUGAUCGACAAACUGAAGGGAGUGGAAAGUCUGCGUAAACUGAAGGUUCUCUAUAUGGCGAACAAUUCGGUACGUGAUUGGGGCGAGCUAGCGAAACUACAGGCCAUUUCCGGAACGCUCGAAGAUCUGGUGUUUGCCGGUAACCCGCUAGUGGAAAAUCUCGACGAAGCAGUCUAUGUACGGGAAGUGACGAAGCGGUUACCCACACUGAAGAAGCUUGACGGUGUGCCAAUGCUAACGGAGGAUGAGGACUAGUGUUUUGUGGUGUCCUUUGCGGCGCAGACAGCGAUGUGUUUAAUCCUUUGCUGUUUGCACAAAGCGCUCAAUUUAGAAAGCGCCUGUAGGAUAGCAUACACAACCCGCUUCCCUCAAUCUGAUGCUGACGCUGUAACGAUUUGGUAGAAGACCAUAUGAAUUCAUAAAAGAACCGAGAAUGUGAAACAGCA